AUCACACCAUAAUCAUUGUAAUAUGUUUUUCAAGGAAAAUGAAAAUAAUUAUGUCAAAAUUAUAAUUUUCUAUAAUAUCACAAAUCAUAUCGCAAUUGCAAUAUCAGUUAAAAUAAUUGCAAUCGGGCCUAGAUAUUUUUUCAAAAUCAUUCAGCCCUCAUAACAAUUUCUUAAAGCGCCCAGGAAACACCACUGCACCUCACUUCACUGCGCCACACGCAGCUAAAGCAUGCUAACAAGACAGUUUAACAUAUUGCAGUUUUCCUCUAUCCUUGAACUCACAUAUCCACAUUAUUAAGUUGUUGACUACGCUGAAAGCUACACAGUUACUGAUCCUAAACACCACACACUUUACCUUCACCAUACCCAACCUGUGGUCCAUGUAAAGCAAAGGGAAAACCUCACCACCCUUAAAUCAAAUUCACAUACGCCAUGUCUGUAAUAAUACAUUUCAUUCACACAGUUGUUAAUCUGGAAAUAAUGUUAUUUUUUUAUAUAUAUAUUUUUUUUUAUAUUUUCCUGACUUUUCCAAUAUCACUUUGUUUUGACUUCCAGAGAGAAAAGCUCCCUUAAUCUCCAUUCAGAAGCAAAUAGUGGAUGGGGAGAUUUUCCAGGCUUACUGCAGCGUUAACUUGUACUCCUGCCCUUUCUCACCUCCAUCCCUUCAUUGGAACAUAAGUCCAUUUCUAAAAAACUUCACUUCGAUGACUUUCAAUGAGCACGUACAGGGUCAAUGGUCGUACACAAAGACACUUAAAGGACUGGCAACAUAUGAAAUGCAUAAAAGCGAAAUGUCGUGCUCUGCAAAGUUCAGAACCUUCACCACAAGGAGUCGACAAAUUACACUCAACGUUUUAUGUAAGUGAUACAGUUCACCAGUUCAAAGUAUACAGUAAAUGACAGAAGUACAUUUCCUUGCCAGGUCUUACUAUUUUAUCGUACAUUAUGAUUUCCUAUACCCACAGAUGAACCUGUGACUGUGACCCUGAUACUGGAAAAGGAACCGAUAGUGGAGGGUGGCAGCGUCACCAUGGAGUGUGCAGCUAACUGUAACCCACAACCACACACCUACAUAUGGCUGGAGAGACGGAUGGGUCAGAACAACGAAAUAACUUCAACUGAGAGGAAAAGGCUCUUCGACAACAUCAAGCGAGAUACUUCUCUCUCCUGCAUCGCAUACAAUGACAUUGGCACGGGGAAGUCCAACUGGUUGGAUCUGGAUGUUCAAUAUGCUCCAGUAAUCCUACCAGAGUCCUCGUGCCACCUGACAGGGGAAGUUGUGCAGUGUGUCUGCCAGGCGGAGGCGUCCCCUAGUGCCUCUAUUAACUGGGCCAUUGAUGGAAAGGAUACUCUUCCAUCCUCCUUCAGCAUUCUUUCCACGAAUAACAAAAAUGUAGUCUCCGGGGAAAUAAGUGGCCCAGCUCAAAACCAAUCUAACUUAUCUUGCACAGCCACAAACUCACUGGGCAGCGUCAUCAAACAGCUGUCUGUAGAUUUCUCAAAAACAUCCUCUUUGUAUAUGUGGUUGUCACCUUUAAUACUCCUAGGAAUUGGUUUGUCCUUUGGAUGUGCGAUGUUGAUUUACAGAAAAUAUUCUAGAAACAGACAACCACCAGGCUCCGUGUGCAACACUGGUGUCCUUUUAAGGACACACGGUUUAUCGGACAAUGUCCGGCAAGAACAAACAUACAGCAGCUUUCAAAGAUCACAAGACGAGGAUGCACAAUCAGGCCACUGCAGAUCCGAGAGUAACCCUGAGGAGGACAGUCCUUCCUGUGUUUAUGACAAUGAUUUUUUGGAAGAGAUGAGCAGAUCAACCAGAGCGCAACAGCACCAGAGUAACGCCCCCCAAAGAGAAGGCGAAAUACAGCCAGAGGCAAAGCGUGUGGAUUGCAACAUGGAUGAUGUCUAUCUAAACGACUGAUCAGAGGGUAUCUGCUGCUGCUCUCACACGG